GAGGAAAGAAGUAAUUAGGUGAAGAGUGAUGAUAAUAAUUACAGAGAGGAGUAGAUGAGGGUUGCAAUAAAGGGAGAAGAAACCAAACCUACUCACUCACCUAAACUAAACUAAACUAAACAAAAGAGAAAUAAAUAAUAAAAAGGAGAAGAUGAUUUAGAAAUUGGUUUGUGAAGAGAAGAGGAUGAAUAAGAGUGGGGGAGGAGAGAUGAGUAAGUGGCCGUUCACAAUGUCUCAGUGGCAGGAACUGGAACAUCAAGCUUUGAUUUACAAAUACAUGGUGGCUGGUCUUCCUGUCCCUCCUGAUCUAGUCCUUCCCAUUCAGAACAGCUUCCACUCCAUUUCCCAAACCUUCUUGCACCAUCCCUCUACCACCAUGAGUUAUUGUUCCUUCUAUGGGAAGAAGGUGGACCCGGAGCCAGGACGAUGCAGGAGGACUGAUGGGAAAAAGUGGAGGUGCUCCAAGGAAGCCUACCCAGACUCCAAGUACUGUGAGCGACACAUGCACCGUGGCCGCAACCGUUCAAGAAAGCCUGUGGAAUCACAAACUAUGACUCAGUCAUCAUCUAAUGUGUCAUCAUUGACUGUAACUGCUGGCAGCAGCAGCAGUGCAACUGGAAAUUUCCAUAACCUUACCACCACAAAUGCAUAUGGUAAUCCCCAAGGGACUGGUUCUGGAUCAGACCAAACCCACUAUCACAUGGAUUCCAUUCCCUAUGGGAUCCCAAGUAAAGAAUACAGGUAUUUUCAAGGACCUAAAUCUGAGGGAGGUGAACAUAGUUUCUUGUCCAAAACUUUAGGAAGCAACAAGGUUCUUCACAUGGAGUCACAGAUGGAUAACACUUUGAUGCCAACCAGUGGAGUUGCCUCAUUCUCUACAUUGAGAUCAAAUAAUAAUUCCAUGUUGCAGGGUGAUUAUCUGCAGCCUUCUUUCUUAUCUAGUGAGUAUGCCUCAGCAGAAACUGUGAAGCAAGAGGGUCAGUUCCUUCGACCUUUCUUUGAUGAAUGGCCUAAAAGGAGGGACUCAUGGUCUGGUCUGGAAGAUGAGGGAUCCAACCACACUCAACUCUCAAUAUCCAUUCCUAUGUCAGCAUCAAAUUUCUCUACAACUAGCUCUCAUUCCCCACAUGGUGAGAUUUAAAUUAGGCCAUGUUGAAUGAAACCACCUGAAUCCUGUAAUUAUAUUGCUGCAGACAACUAAGAACCGCCCCUUUGGGUUCUGAAAGGACCAAAGAGCCCCUUUAGUUUCGACUCUAGCUCCCGUGUUUUGUGCACUUUCUGUUGAGCAAGUUGUCUACCACUGUGGAACUUCAUCUGGUGGGUGGAUUUUAAUAGAAUCCAUCAACUUUCUUGUUUUCCGUCUAAUGAACAAACAACAGUAUUUUGUCCUGAUUUAAUGGAUGUUGAAUGAAGUUGCUGGUUUUGUUCAUGAAUUAA